GCAGUCCGUCCGGAUUUUUGGUGCCAAGCUUGCCGAGCUGCAACGAGAGAAGGGCACGCACACCUCCAGCUUCGAGGCACCCGUAUCCAGCUCGGAGUACUCAUCGCCUUCUCCUGUGAGGUUCUCAGCUGUGGGGGCGAGCUCCUUCGAGUUCGAAAGUGGCGAGGCUUCAAGGGUGAGCAGUCUCCAAGCCGAGCUGGAGUCAGCUCUCGCCAGCAAACGCAAAGCGGACGAGGAGAACCGGCAGCUGCUGGAGCAGGCUCUGCAGGCAAGCUCUCAUGCCGAGGAACUGGUGGCUUCUGGGCAGCAGCAGCGGGACAUGCUCCAAGCAAGGCUUGAGGAAGAGUGCAUGCACUUCCGCCAGCAACAUGCCGCACACCUCCAGGCCGCAGAGGAU